ACGUUUUCUCUUUCUUUCCGGCUGGUACGCCAUCAUGUAAGCGAGUAUUUUUGUGGUUUUUCAGAAUGUACAAUCCAUCAAAAAUCAGAAUUAAAUCAUUACCAUCAGGUUGUAUAGUUGUGGAUUUAGUUGGUGGGGUUCGUCGUUAAUAACACAGUACCUCAAUUUCUAAAUUUGAAUUGAUGAAAAUUUGAAUAUUGCAUUGUGCACGGGUCUCCUAUCUGUCUUCUAUGUACUGCCACGGAGUGAGGUUAGAAAGUUGAUAGCCAUUGACAUUCUCUGUUUCUAAGAUGUGUGUAUUUUGUGCGUUAAGAGGUUUUUCUUGUGUCUAUUUGGUGUUUUUGUUGUGGUAAGUGAUUGCUUACUAUGUAGUGUUAGCCAUCUAUCCAGUGUGUAGGACUGUAAGCAUCGGGGCCUACUGCGAGCCUCCUGCUUCCAGAAGACCGAUUUCCAGCGGGUCUGGAAUUUAACAGAAAUUAGCCCAAAAGCACUUCCCCGUAGACUCCAUUUUAAUACCCGCUAAAUGAAAUGUAUCCCGAAGAUGUCAUUCAUGACUUAAAUAGUUCAAGGUGCGUUGUAAACAAACUAAACGUGCUGGAUGGUUGGCUAGCCAACUUGGCCAAAUCAUGGCUUUUAAUGAAGAUUAGCUAACUACCAAAUGUUACUUGUCGGUGCCUUAUUUCUCUCCAACUAACUGCUAAAUCGCAACAUUGAAUGGUGGUCAUUGGUUACAUAUUUCGCUUUGCCUUUUCUCACAGUUAGUCUAACAUGGGAGCGUACAAAUAUAUGCAGGAGCUAUGGCGCAAGAAGCAGUCCGACGUGAUGCGCUUCCUCCUGCGCGUCCGUUGCUGGCAGUACCGUCAGCUCUCUGGUCUCCACCGUGCGCCUAGACCCACCAGACCCGAUAAGGCCCGCAGACUAGGGUACAAGUGCAAACAAGGCUACGUCAUCUACCGUGUCCGCGUUCGCCGUGGAGGCCGCAAGCGCCCCGUGCCCAAGGGUGCCACCUACGGCAAGCCCGUCCACCAUGGUGUCAACCAGAUCAAGUUCGCCCGCAGCCUCCAGUCCACUGCUGAGGAGCGUGCUGGACGUCACUGUGGAGGCCUGAGGGUGCUGGCCUCCUACUGGGUAGGAGAGGACUCCACCUACAAGUUCUUCGAGGUGAUCCUGAUCGACACCUUCCACAAGACUAUCAGACGCAACCCCGACACCCAAUGGAUCACCAGGCCUGUGCACAAGCACAGGGAGAUGCGUGGCCUGACGUCCGCGGGCAAGAAGAGCCGCGGCCUGGGCAAGGGCCACAAGUUCCACCUGACCAUGGGUGGUUCCCGCCGGGCAGCCUGGAAGAGACGCAAUACCCUGCAGCUGCACCGCUACCGCUAGAGGGUGUCUGUACAUUUAAAGAAAUAAACAUAUGCCUUUUUAUGGUGACAAAUU